AUGCGGUGGUGUUCAAGUUCUUUUCAAUGGCUUUAUGAUACUAUAGAGGUUGAGCAAUUCAAUAAAGACUUAUUCGAUGAGCUGUUACCAGAUUUACAAAAUUUAAACCUGUAUAACGACAAAUUCAAGAAUGCUCAAAGUCGAGCCACCUUGGAAAAGGGUGAAAUCACACUUGAAAAUGGAAGCAGUUAUAAUGUUAACCAGGAAUUCAUGAUUGCCGCGAUACUAUUAUCGGACGAGCUUAAUCUGGACGAAUUGGUCGCUUGCGAGUUCAUAUUGUCAGAUCCCAAUAUAUCCAAGGGUUCAAACAGUGUUAAUUUAGAGUUGGUAAACGCAGGCAAAGUUCAAUUUUUUCUAAGGAGGCAAUAUAUUUUACAAAUUGUUGCUUAUUUGACCAAUUGUUUGAACCGGAACCACCAUCUGUAUCAUUCACUAACGUCAAACGGUGUUUUGGCGAACAACAUCUUGAAAUGUUUUUCUAGUAUUGAUGAACAACUGUUGGAGAUUAAACAGUCUGUUGGCAAGGCUCAAUUAUUGGAUAAUUACUCCCUUUUAGCCCAGCAGAAUGUCAAGUUCAAAAGAGAUUUUUUAUUACGAGAAUAUGAUACCCUCAGUCAGAUUCUCUAUGGUCUCGUCAUUAACGGCACACUAAUGGAGAAGAAUCACUUGUUAAAACUGAUAAAUCAUGUAACGGAAAUGCAGUCAAACAAUUUUUUCAUCAUUUACUAUCUUCCAUCUAUUUUUGCAGCCUUUGCAAAACUUGAAGAUCUGCCCGAUAAGGAAGUCCAAUCAAUACAUUCACAGUUUCUUCAAGAGCUGAAAUCAGAUUCGAUGUAUGAGAAGCCAAUAAGAGUGUCAUUAAUUUUUGUUUUCCUUUCCUAUUUCAUUAAAUGGUGCAAAUCAAAGCCAGAAAAAAGAGCCAACAGCAUGGAUUUUCAAUCAACAGUAGACGAACCAAUGACUAAAUCUGUAGAAUUUGGUGCUUUGGAGCAAUUACUUAUUUUUGCCGCUGAUACAUCCAUUUCUGAAAAAGACAAAAGCAUUGAACUUUUCUAUGAUAUUAGAUCCCUCCUGGAAAGACACAUUCCGAGAUUAGCUCCCAUAAAUCUUUUAGAUACGAAUCCGAAUGAUUCAUCACAGAAACAACAACAGCAACAACAUCAACAACAGCAGCAACUGCAGAUCCAGAAUCAACAGGGCCAUCACGAUUUGCAUAAUCUUAAUGAUCAAUUUACCAAAGUAUCACUAUCAGAGCAAACAAAUUUCAGCUUUUUGUCAACAUUCCAUGACGUUUUACGGACCAUUAUAGCUGACUGCGCCUUUUUGCUAACAAAAAUUAAAGAUGCGGAAGAGGACUCUCUAUUAUCUGGAGAGGAUCUAGAUCUUGAUGACAUUGCACUAAGAGCUGACUUAGAAAGGUUUUUUUUGACGAUUUACUAUUUCUACGCUUCAAGACCACAAUAUUCAAAGCUAUUUUGGCAGGACAAGGAGUCCAAUGCUUAUGGCUUUGUUGAAUGGUCUUCUAAAUGCAACGAUAGUUUGAUGAGAUCGUGCUUCUAUCUAAUGAUCUCCAGUCUUUCAUAUGGGUCUGAAAACGCUUUAAGCGUUUAUCACUAUUUCAGUGGUGAAAACAAUGUCUCAUGGAACAUUAUCGCACAAUGCAUCAGUGAUUAUGUACUGAAGAUAACAAAUUUAAAUUUGAGAGUUCAACAAAAACAACAAAAGCAAGAGUCUGAAGAAGUAGACUCAACUGCCGUAGCGCUAGAAGAAGGUUUGAACGAGGAGGCUAUAAUUUUCAUCUCAUCUUUAUUUACAUUAAUUGGCUCAGUAGCUAGUGAUGUGGAAGAAAAGAUCAAAAAUUCCCUAUCUGACUUGUUUAUUGAUACUCUAUUCGAGUUUGCAAAGUUGGAUACACCACUGAUUGGUGCAUGCUUGCAAACCUUAAGUCAUUUAGUUCCCAAAAUAGAGUCGAAAAGGUCAAAUUUUUGGUAUGCGCUAGACUCAUUAAUAUUUAGAGGUGCACCUCUUUCAUCUCUGGCGAGCUCAUAUCAAGUUGCAUUCACUUCUGUUUUUACAAAUUUUUCAGAAGUUGUUGGGUUUUUACAAUUAUUUCAUAAGCUGGUGUUAAUAGAGACCAAAGAGGUUGAUAGUGAUUACUUGUUUUUUGGUAGAUUAGCAUUUCCAGCGAAACUUGGUCAAGGUUAUCGUAAAAUGGGUAUCUGGCCUUAUUUCGACUAUAUUUUCCAAGAGGUACUUGUACACUCCAAUCGACUUCCUGAUAAUAAAAGGGCGUGUGCGAUUCAACUUCCAAUCCUCAACAUAAUUGAGCAAGCAUUAUUUUCCUUCGAUUACAGAUACAUUAUUAACUCAAUACCCGCUCAGGCCAACUUUGAUAAAUUAGUCUGCACUGGCGAUUUCUUCACUUACGUUCAAGAAUGUCCAGCUCCGGUAGUUUUCAAUUAUCUUUUCAUGGAAAAGGUGUAUAACUGCAUCUUCAGUAUUGCAUCUAUUGGCGUGGAUAACCUGACAAUUGAUUUAGAAGGCGGAGCAGAGCAGCUUCAACUAAUAGAUAUGGCUGUUAAAGUCAUGUCCCUAGUGUUGAACUUUCAAGACCCUUAUGUCGAAGAAUUUGUCUCUAUUUUGAGAAAAAACGAUGAGAAUAACUACUUUAUACCGAAGGAUUUUGGUUUGCAUGGGUUAAGAUCAUUUUUUGAUGCUAUUCUUUUCAAUCUACCUGUUGUUGCACACCUCGGACUUUACGUUGGCUUAGAUAAAUACUCCUUAGGUUCGAAUUCGCUCCAAAUAUUAAAAAUGCUUUCUGGUCGCUAUAGUGGUGACAAAUUUUUCACCGUUGGUAAUAAGUUGCUCACAAUAUUCGAGUCAGUUGAUGAAUCAGCAAGAAUUAAAGAUGCUUUCAUAUCUCAAUUGGAAAGACCAGUUGAAAGUAUGGAAAACCUUACUUUGAAGUUGGAGUUAUUAGAAUUCAUAAGUGAAAAUUUAUCUUUCACAGACCAAACUCCAACAGUAGCUCAUCUACUAUUGGGAUUUCAAAUUUCAAAUGUUAUAUCAACUGGCCCUGACCUCGCAACUUUCAUUAACUCGGAAACCUCUCUUCUGCAUUCCCUAAUAAAUGUUUUAGCAUCCUCUCUGCAAAGUCUCAGCAGUGAAAAUAUUUAUUAUGCGCCAAUGAGGUUAGCUGCUCGGAUUCUAGAGAUUAUCGUUAAGCUAUGCCGCAAUCCUGCAACGUCUCGAAUUAUGCUUGACCACUUUGUCACCGUGCAGCUCUUUGAACAGCUAGUAGAGUUGGACCCUCAAGCAAACAGUCAAACCUUGUGGGAUGGUGUUUUGUUUCAACCUAAACGAAUAAGUGGUUGGAAGUCUUUUGUAACUUCCGAGUCAAAUGGUGCUUUACUCUCCUAUCUACACUAUAAAAGUUUACUUCUCCAAUAUUUCAGUCUAGCGAUACACAGGCUUGCUCUCGCUGGAUCGCAAUCUCAGGUAAAAGCUCAAGUCAACCUUUUAAUUUCUACUAAGCUUUGUUCAGCAAAAAUCUUUUCCUUUUUGGACACUUUAACGUAUGGUGACAUUCCAACAGAUCACCAAACUAUCAAAAAACUUUCGUUGUUCGACAAUCUCCCGCUAAACCUUGAGACAGUUACAUUGAAAAAUGAUUCUAGAGGCAAUAUUUACGAUUUCAGUUCGAUAAAGUCUUUGAUGGAGCUAUCUGUAAGAGUGCGUUCAAAUGGUAUAACCGAUGGUGCUUCAAGUAGCCUCGGUUCUUCAAUGACAGAACAGCUUACCCAAGAAUCCAAUACAGUGUUUCAGGCAUUGUCUGAGUUUUUAAGCAGGAAUACUUAUAUGGAUGAUCAAUUAUCGAUUCUUCAUUCUUGGGUUCAGGUUGUGCAAAUUUUGAUAUCAGACGGACAAUUGUCAGCUUUGGAAAGAUCAAAUUUCAUUUUAGAAAUAUUCUCUGCAAUCGUUCCAAAAAUUAAUGAUUACAUUGAGUUGAAUAUCUCUUUUUCGGAGGAGCUUGUUUCAUUGGCUGUUGCACUUUUUGACGUUUAUCAAAAAGAUCGUUAUGAAAUUGACAAGUUUCAAUCUGUGGAUUCAAGGUUAUACAAUUUGUUCAAAGCCUGUAUUCAUGGCAUUAACUCACCCUUAACUAACAUCUCGAUUAGAUCGGAUUUUUAUGUUUUGGCAAAUAGCUAUUUGGUUAGAAUUCUCAUGGAUAAAAAUUUGGCUAAACCGGUUCUCCAGGAUCUCAAGAUGAAUAACGAAGGUCUUGUGGAAGUUAUCUGUAACGAUGCAAUUUAUGGCCAGGGAUCAAAUAGAAUAACUGGUAUUUUUCUGUUAGACUCUCUGAUAAGAUUAGGUGAUUUAAACAAAGAGAACACUAUCUUGCACUCAUUGAUGAAAAACACCCAUUUGCUUCUUAUAAUAAGGUCGAUUAAGAACACAGAUGCGCUGUUAAGCUCUCCCACCGAGAACAUUACCAUAGACGACCUACUUUACGAAUUGACUGCAUUCAAAACUAUUGCUUACUUGUUGAUCAGGAUUGCUGAAAGCAGAAAUGGGGCACAUGCAUUGAUUCAAAACAAGCUUUUCAAUGUUAUCGGUAAUUGCUCUUUCUUGGGAAUUGAUCCAGAUCUGGGAUUAGAAUUAUUUUUUGACGAAAUCGCAAUCAAGAAUUCCAAUUUCGUAAGUGUUAACGUGAGCUUAGAUAAACCCUUGUUCUUCGGUAAAGAUGCCAAUGGGAUUUCACUGUCAGAGAUCAUUGUUCCAAUUUUCCAGCUAUUGUCUGCUGUUUUGCUCAGUAUGGGAAGUGCCAAUACGACAGUCAUCAGGGAGGUGAAAGGACUAUUAAUAAAAUCCAGACGAUUGACCUUAGGCAUAAUUAAGCGUGACGCCUUGAAAGAUAAUGAGACUCAUCGCAUUGACAGUUCUAAUACAGAUGGUCUUGAGCAAAUGGUGAAGCUAGUGGUACUUCUCUGUACUUUAACGGGUUAUCGUGGCGAAGAAACUCUCAGUUGA